CCGAGAGCUAAAAUGGAAAAAACCCGAACAAAACCCUCUCUCUUCAUCACUCUCUCUCCUCUCUCUGUUGCUCGACAAGCACUGGUCCAAAAAACACAAAGCGGGAGAGAGAAAUCGUUAGAUAUAGAGAAGAAGAAGAAGAAGUAGCAGUAACAGAUGGGUGACUUGCUCCCCUCCCCUCAAGCAAAGCGUCCUGUACACAACCACGCCGCGAACGGCGGCUCUUCCAAGCGGUUCAAGCGUCCCCCGCCGCCCCUCACCGUCCCCGCCGGCCACGUCCUCUUCCGCCUCCUCUGCCCGACCUCGAUAAGCGGAGGGGUCAUCGGAAAAUCCGGCUCCAUCAUCAAGCAGCUCCAGCAGGACACCGCCACCAAGAUCCGCGUCGAGGAGCCCCCGCCCGGCUCCGACGAGCGAGUCAUCGUCAUAAUCGGGUCGAUUUCGGUUAACAAGAAGGUCGAGGGGGAAGGGGGGAGUGAUUUCGAGGUGUCCGCGGCGCAGGAGGCAGUGGUUAGGGUGUUCGAGAGGAUUCUCGGGGCCGCGGCGGAGGUUAAUGGCGGACGAGGGGCGGAGGAGCCGGGGGGUGUGGUGCUGUGUAGGUUGUUGGCGGAGAGUAGUCAGGUGGGGGCGGUAAUUGGGAGAGGAGGGAAGGUGAUUGAGAAGGUUCGGGAGGACUCUGGGUGUAAAAUUAGGGUUUUGAAGGCAAAUCAGUUGCCGGCUUGCGCGUUGCCUAACGAAGAAUUGAUAGAGAUUGAGGGCAAUAGUUUGGCUGUUAAGAAAGCGCUUAUCACUGUCUCGCGCCGCCUUCAAGAUUUCCCACCUACUGGCAGAGCACAAACGAGUUGGACCCGACCUUAUGAGGCAAUUCCCCAGGAGACCUUUCACAAUAUGCGCGUGGAUCUUCCUCAGCUGAAUCCAGUGCUACCAUCUAUGCCAGCUGGCUCUGUUACUUAUGGCUCAGGAGGUUACCCAUUCUCAACAGAGGCUGGAAGGGUUCCUACCCUGGCCUCAAGGACUGAACAAGAAGUGGUUUAUAGGCUUCUCUGCUCCAAUGAUAGGGUAGGCGGUGUAAUUGGCAAGGGCGGAACAAUCGUCAAGGCUCUUCAGAAUGAAACUGGUGCUUCCAUAAGUUUUGGAGGUUCUGUAGCUGAGUGUGAUGAACGAAUAAUUACUAUUUCUGCAAUGGAGAACCCUGAAUCACAGUACUCCCCUGCACAAAAUGCGGUAAUUCUUGUUUUCAAUAGGUCUAUUGAGGCUGGCUUUGAAAAGGGGCUGGCGUCAGGCUCAAGUAAUGGGUCGUCUGUUUCUGCCCGAGUUGUAGUUUCAUCAAAUCAAGUUGGCUGUUUGAUGGGAAAAGGGGGUGUAAUUAUUGAAGAGAUGAGGCAGGCAACGGGUGCUAGUAUAUCGAUUAUCAAGCGUGACCAAGUCCCAAAGUGUGCUUCGGAAGAUGAUGAAGUGGUGCAGAUUGCAGGUAAGUUUGUUUGCGUACAAGAUGCUUUAUACAAUGUGACUAGUAGGCUGCGAGAUAACCUCUUUCCGGGAAGAGUUUCAAAUGGUGCUGCAACUAGGAGCAGUUCCGCUAUGAUACCUGAGAUGAGUCCCUAUGGAAUAGCUAGAGAUCCUUCCUCCAUCGGGUCAUAUACAUCUAUGGGCGUCUCCAAUAAUCUCAAUAGACAUUCUGCUGUAACACCGAGUUCUGAUCAUUUUACCCAUUACCAUAAUUAUGAUCAUUCCCUAUCACAGCAAACAGUAGGUGGAGUAAAUCCAGGGAGCACAUUGGAUGUUGCCAGAGGACAGACUUCUGUUAAAAGUGGCCUGGAACUUGGCAGUGGAAUCCGAUCCGCCUUUGUGACAAGUACAACUGUGGAAAUCGUAGUUCCCGAAAAUCUAAUUGGCUCUGUUUAUGGAGAGAAUGGUAGCAAUCUUGCUCGUCUCAGACAGAUAUCAGGGGCAAAGGUCGCAGUGCACGAACCUCGUCCUGGAACUACUGACAGGGUAGUUGUUAUAUCUGGGACCCCCGACGAAACCCAAGCGGCUCAGAGCCUCUUUCAGGCAUUCAUUUGUACCGGACAAUCAUGACAGUAACAUCUCAAUCUGUAGCUUGUGAAGAGAACGGUAGUAAUUAUGUCCCCUCUUUGUUUAAUUAGAUUUCCGUUCGAUCUUGUGUUUGUACACUAAAAAUCGUGUGGGCUGAAGAGGAGCUUGGAGCAUCAGAUGUAGUCCACGAUCAAAUUCUCGUGAAGUGGUGGUAUGCUUCCAAAGUUCAAGGAAGUUUUGGUUCACUGACCUGGAAAAUGGCUGUUAAGAUGAAUAUUGAAAAGUUUUUUCUUUUGUUUUUCUAUUAGCUUUCUUUUUGAAGUUAGAGUGCUUAGAAUCACAACUGAUGUAUUGUUGUUAGGAGGGAAAUGUGCAUUUUUGACAUUACGCAUAAAAGAAAAUGUCUUGUUCGGAGUCCGUGGCCAUAGAAGCUUAAGAUUAAGUCCGUGGUCUGAAUUUCUUAAUCCUACAGUGGAUGGCUUGCUUUUGAUCAGAAUGUCCAACCAAAAAAAUAAAUAAAAAAUUACGUGUUGGUAAGCA